AUGGAGAAAUCAAGAUCAAAUAUAUGCCAGAUCCAAGCACCUACUUAUGGGAGUUUGAUUACCAUUCUAAGCAUUGAUGGUGGAGGAAUAAGAGGAAUUAUCCCUGCCAUUAUCCUUAGCUUCUUGGAAUCUGAACUUCAGAAACUUGAUGGAGAGGAUGCUCGGAUUGCAAACUAUUUCGAUGUAAUUGCGGGAACAAGCACAGGUGGUCUCAUUACUUCAAUGUUAACGACACCGAAUGAAGACAAUCGUCCUCUCUUCUCAGCCAAGGAUGUGAAGUGUUUCUACUUAGAAAACUCCCCUAAGAUUUUUCCACAACCUUGUGGACUACUUGCUAAAGCUACAAAAAUUUUUAAAGCUUUCUGGGGCCCAAUAUAUGAUGGAAAGUACCUACAUUCCCUCUUGAAGGACAGACUAGGAAGUACAAGAUUGCAUGAAACUCUAACAAAUGUUGUCAUUCCAACAUUUGAUAUCAAGAAGCUUCAUCCUAUCAUAUUUUCCAGCUUUGAGGUUAUUAUUGCUAGCUCUAAGGAUGCUCUUCUCUCAGAUAUAUGUAUUGGAACCUCAGCAGCUCCCACAUACCUCCCUGCUCAUCAUUUUCAAACAGCAAGCCCUAGAGGAACCAUACGAGAAUUCGAUCUCAUCGAUGGAGGAGUUGCAGCUAACAAUCCAGCAUUGGUUGCAAUAGGAGAGGUGACCAAAGAAGUAAUCAAAGGAAACCCUGAUUUCUUAGCACAUAAACCUUUUGAUUACCGCAAGUAUCUACUGAUAUCGAUCGGUACUGGAUCAGCAAAGGUUGAAGAAAAAUAUACAGCAAAAAGCGCAAGCAAAUGGGGCAUCUUAGGGUGGUUGUUUAGCAGUUGGUCAACUCCUCUUGUUGAUGUUUUCCUCCAGUCAAGUGCCGAUAUGGUUGAUAUACACAUCUCAGUGUUCUUUCAAACUCUUCGGUCCGAAUGCAAUUAUCUUCGUAUCGAGGAUGAUACAUUGAGUGGGACUGUAUCUUCUGUUGAUGUAUCAACAAAAGAAAACCUAGCUGAUCUUGUGAAGGUUGGUGAGCAGUUGUUAAAGAAGCCAGUCUCAAGGGUGAACUUGGAGACUGGUGUCUUUGAGCCAGUUGGCAAUGGAGAAGGAUCAAAUGAAGAAGCUCUUAAAAGGUUUGCAAAAAUACUCUCUGAAGAAAGAAGGUUACGUGAGAUGAGAUCUCCACAUGUGAAGUCACCUUCAUGACAAAAACUUUUAGGGUGCCCAAGAUAGAAUAGAAUAUGCUAAAAUGUUACCAGUCAUUCAUUUGUUUAUUUAUUUAUUUAU